UAUAAGGGCUUCAUCGCCACUUCCCCCUCUCAGAGGCAGCUGACAAGGAACUGCAGUCAUAUGAUUUCCAGCCAGGAAAACAGGGCUAGGAUUUUGCAAAGAUGUUGCCAAGUCCGUGUCCGGUUCUGCUGCUCUCUCUGCUGACUCUGAGUUCAGGUUAUUUGAUAAAGGAACCCAAAGAACCAAAGCAGGCCUGGGGCUAUGUUCCUGUCAGAAGCAAUGCGAGCAUGUUCUGGUGGCUGUAUUAUGCCGACAACCCGACCCAGAAUUUCACAAAGUUUCCUCUUAUUAUGUGGCUUCAGGGAGGCCCUGGGGCAUCAGGCUGUGGCUAUGGGAACUUUGAAGAGAUUGGCCCUUUAGAUGCUGAUCUAAAACCAAGAAGGACAACCUGGCUGCAGGCAGCGAGUGUCCUUUUUGUCGACAACCCUGUUGGCACUGGAUACAGUUAUGUGAAUGACACCCUCGCCUAUGCCACCGAUCUCUGCACUGUCUCUUCAGAUAUGAUGGUAGUUCUUAGAGAGUUCUUCAAGUCAAAGACAGAAUUCCAGCAAAUCCCUUUCUACAUCUUCUCAGAAUCUUAUGGAGGAAAAAUGGCAGCUGCUAUUGCUUUGGAGCUUCACAAGGCUAUUCAAGCUGGAACAAUAAAAUGCAAUUUUCUUGGAGUCGGCCUGGGUGAUUCGUGGAUUUCUCCUCUAGAUUCUGUGCUGUCCUGGGGGCCUUAUCUUUACAGCACGUCUUUGCUUGAUGACAAAGGUUUGAAGGAAGUGACUACUGCUGCUAAAAAGAUCCUGGAUGCGAUGAACAAAAAGCAAUUCAAAUUGGCUACGUUACUUUGGAGUAAGGCAGAGGAUAUCAUCGAAGAGAACACAAAUGGUGUGAAUUUCUAUAACAUUCUUACUCAUGAAAGUCCUUCAAAGGUGGCUGUGGCAUCUUCAGAAAGCGAAAUGUUCCCCUUCUUAAAACUCUUCCAGCGUCAUGUUCAAUAUCAACAUAAAGACAAGUUGAGUGACUUGAUGAAUGGGCCCAUCAGAAAGAAGCUGAAAAUAAUUCCAGACCAUGUGAAAUGGGGAGGCCAAGCCCAAAAUGUGUUUAUGAAUAUGGCUGAAGACUUCAUGAAGCAUGCAAUUGAUAUUGUGGAUGAAUUGCUGGAGGCCAACGUCAACGUUACCGUUUAUAAUGGACAGUUGGAUCUCAUUGUUUCUACAAUAGGCCAAGAAGCCUGGCUUCGGAAACUGAAGUGGCCCAACUUGAAAAAAUUCAGUGCACAAAACUGGCAGGCAUUAUAUGCCUGCCCAGAAUCCACAGAGACAGCUGCUUUCCAUAAGUCCUAUGAGAAUUUAGAUUUCUUCUGGAUCCUGAAGGCUGGGCACAUGGUGCCAGCUGACCAAGGUGAUAUGGCAUUGAAAAUGAUGAGGAUGGUGACUCGCCAAAGCCAUUAACAAAACUGGAGCCAGCGGGUUUGGCUUCCUAAUAAAAUUACAGCACACUGUUGGAAUCACCAACCCCACCCUCAUUGCAAGAAAGCCUUCGACAACACAUUGAACAAUUGCUGUUUGUGUCUUUCUGUAAUUUGGUACUAUGCAAGGUAUUUUAAAGAGAUGAAGAUAUAAUUGCCUUUUAUAUGUGUGAAAAUGUGAUUCUCUGCCCUGCAUCAAUUAUCCUGCCGACAUUGUGUGAUAAAUACUUCACUGAAGACCAGCUUUCUUUCUGUUACCUCUUUGAUGAAAUGUGAAACAUUUUUGAUCAACUGUAUUAGAGGCAAGGUUCUUAAGCUCCAAAACUUGAGAGAGAAACAGUGGAUAGGUGGUCUUUGUUAGAUGAUGCUGUUCACUGCAAAUUACCAAAGGUAUAUUUCUUUGCUAGUAUGUAGUUUGUACCAACUUAGGCUAUAUACUACACUUCUCGGAAUUGGUUUGUGCCCAAGCACAAUGGGUUGGGUCAACCUUCUCCCCAUAACCACUAAGCAAAUCUGUUAUGUAUGUUCAGGUGAAGUGUACCCAGGUGAAUUGGCUGGUAAUUUUCAUUUUCUGGAGGGCAGAAGGAUGAGAACAAGCCAGGGGAUGAGGCUAAUGAUUUGGCUGUAACUGUAAGCCAUUGUAGGAAUGGUUAUUACAUACAAUGUUAAGAUAUAUAAAGAAACAUUUUCUCUACAUAAUAUUUCCUUGUACAGUCUAUUGCUAUUUGAUCUAAAAUGCAGGCAUGGGCCUAACUGUAUCUUUCAUGCAUCUUUUCAUGAGAUUUCCUUUCUUUAAAAGAAACGUUUUAUUAUUAUUACAGGCUUAUUCCGAAAUAGCAGAGGUGUGCAAUUUGACCAAAAGGCAUGCUGUUUUAGGGUCCAGUGUUGGUUGACCCCUCAUUCUGUUUACCAGGAAGUUCCUCGAAUCGGGAAGGUUGUUGCCAUUUUCACUGGGCAAAGAUUUGGCCCAUUGGGAAUCUUUGGGAAACUUUAAAGACUCAAUCCUUAGUCAUCUUAUGGCCUAUCUGCAUGAAACCUACCUCAGUUUUAGACCCCAUUUACAACUGCAGGCCUGCCAAGUUUCAAAACAAUUCACCAAUCUACUGACUUUUUAGAAUUAUUUUAAUUUUUAACCAUAACAUUUUUUUAAAUAAGACAAACUGCAAGAGAGGGUUCUGGGAAUUGUAGUCACUGAUAGUGUCCAUUCUCAGCCAAUCAGAGCAUGGACACAACCUGGCUUUUUAUUGGCUGAGAAACAGAGAGAGAAAGAGAAAUGUACAACUUCCAUUAUUCUCCAAGAGAAACUUGGAGACUUUUCAAUGCCCGUCCUAUGUAAGUGCUGCUGGGAAAGCAAAUUCCCGGCAAGGCCCUCUCUGGAGGAGGAGCCUUGAAAACUUUCCCAAAAAAAUGGACAGAAAAAGACAUGACAGAUCCCUGCCUCAGGUAUAUUGCGGACUUACCUCCUUCCUUUCCAGGAACUGAUAAAAUCUGGCUCCCUUAAUACAUUUUACUGGGCUUUGCGACUCCCUUACCCAUGUUCUGUUUUCGUAUAUUAUAUAAAAUGGACCAUCAAAUAUUAUAAAUCAUUUUCAUUUAAACUGAUUCUGACCCAAGCCUACCAAAUAACAUAUGCAGGAAUGGUUUUGAUGAAUGUCAUCAGUCCUGAACACAGAACCAGCAGUGAAUAAGGGAGGUCAUCUUAACCUUUUCACUUCUGGAUAGUUUUUCAUUCAAACACACCUUCCUUGUAGUACCAAAAGGAAUUCAGGCUUAUGAGGAAAUAAUAGAAUUAGGUCAAUGAUGGUGUACUUAAGGUUCUUCAAAUGUUGCUAGCUUGCGUCUCUCAUUGCAAGUCACCACUGAUUUUGCUACCUUUGGCUGAUGACAGUUGCAACCCAACAAGAUCUGGAGGUCCACAUGUCUUCCAUCCCUGGAUUCAUCAGGGUCUUUGGAAUGGUUCCUAAUUUUGUUACUAGAAUGAGAUGUGAACAAUGUGCACUGAAGUUAUGUAAGGACUCAGCCUUUGUGCAUUUGCCUUGUACCUAUUGCUGGAUUUUAAGAAUAUAUCGGAGGCUACCAGACUUGGCCCAUUCCUA